AAUUCCACACUGAAGAAGAUACAUAUUCUGAUCUGAAAACAAGUGCUUAAAACAGCAAAUUGCAAACGAACGGCUGCCGAGCCGAAAAAGAGCAUAGAACGCGUCUCGAGUGUGUGCGAUUGAGUGUGUGACUGCCAUGCGAGGCUCGCCCGGGUGAUCCGGCUGUGCCAGGUGCCGAGGUUCCAGGUUCCGCUCCACUCCACUCCACUCGUCGCUCGACCAAUACAAACAACGGGCGGGGAGGCGGGGGCAAGGCGGCCAACGAAGGUGCUCCACUGUUCCACGGCGCACAGGAUGUUCUCGGGACCCAGCGGCCAUGCCCACACCAUUAGCUACGGGGGCGGGAUCGGUCUGGGCGGCGGAGCCAGCGGAGGUGCUGGCUCCCACGGCGGAAGCGGAGGUGCUGGCAUCGGCGGAGGGGGCGUGGCUGGGCUGCAGGACUGCGAUGGCUAUGACUUCACCAAGUGCGAGAACGCGGCCAGGUGGAGGGGAUUGUUUACGCCCUCGCUGAAGAAGGUGCUCGAGCAAGUGCAUCCACGGGUAACCGCCAAGGAGGAUGCCCUGCUGUAUGUGGAGAAACUCUGCCUCCGGCUGCUGGCCAUGCUGUGCGCCAAGCCGCUGCCUCACUCCGUCCAGGAUGUGGAGGAGAAGGUCAACAAGUCCUUCCCGGCGCCCAUCGACCAGUGGGCCCUCAAUGAGGCCAAGGAGGUGAUCAACUCGAAGAAACGCAAGUCGGUCCUGCCCACGGAACGUGUGCACACGCUGCUCCAGAAGGAUGUGCUGCAGUACAAGAUCGACAGCUCCGUGUCCGCCUUCUUGGUGGCCGUGCUCGAGUACAUCUCCGCCGACAUCCUCAAGAUGGCCGGCGACUAUGUGAUCAAGAUCGCCCACUGCGAGAUUACCAAGGAGGACAUCGAGGUGGUGAUGAACGCCGACCGCGUUCUGAUGGACAUGCUCAACCAGAGCGAGGCCCACAUCCUGCCAAGCCCGCUGUCACUGCCCGCCCAAAGGGCGAGUGCCACCUACGAGGAGACGGUCAAGGAGCUGAUCCACGACGAGAAGCAGUACCAACGCGACCUGCACAUGAUCAUACGCGUCUUUCGCGAGGAGCUGGUGAAGAUUGUGUCGGAUCCACGGGAACUGGAACCGAUUUUCUCCAACAUCAUGGAUAUUUACGAGGUGACGGUGACUCUGCUCGGCUCCCUCGAGGACGUGAUUGAGAUGUCCCAGGAGCAGAGUGCCCCCUGCGUGGGCAGCUGCUUUGAGGAACUGGCCGAGGCCGAGGAGUUCGACGUGUACAAGAAGUACGCUCAUGAUGUUACUUCACAGGCCGCCUGGGAUGCCCUCAGCAACCUCCUUUCCAAGCCAGGGGCCUCAUCCCUGACAACGGCUGGCCACGGCUUCCGCGAUGCUGUGAAGUACUAUCUGCCCAAGCUGCUCCUGGUGCCCAUUUGCCAUGCCUUCGUUUAUUUUGACUACAUUAAGCAUCUCAAGGAUCUCAGCUCGUCGCAGGACGACAUCGAGAGCUUCGAACAGGUCCAGGGCUUGUUGCAUCCACUGCACUGCGAUCUCGAGAAGGUCAUGGCGAACCUUUCCAAGGACCGACUGGUCCCCGUCAGCGGCCGAGUUCGCCGCCAACUGGCCAUCGAGCGGACGCGGGAGCUGCAAAUGAAAGUGGAGCACUGGGAGGACAAGGACGUGGGUCAAAACUGCAAUGAAUUUAUUCGCGAGGAUUCGCUGAGCAAGCUGGGUUCGGGCAAACGAAUCUGGAGCGAGCGCAAGGUAUUCCUCUUCGACGGUCUCAUGGUGCUGUGCAAGGCAAACACCAAGAAGCAAACACCAUCGGCAGGAGCAACGGCCUACGACUACCGCCUGAAGGAGAAGUACUUUAUGCGGCGCGUUGAUAUCAACGACCGGCCGGACAGCGACGAUCUGAAGAACAGCUUCGAGCUGGUUUCCAGGAUGCAGCCGCCCAUUGUUCUGACGGCCAAGAAUGCUCAGCACAAGCACGAUUGGAUGGCGGACCUGCUGAUGGUGAUCACAAAGUCGAUGCUAGACCGACAUUUAGACAGCAUAUUGCAAGACAUCGAGCGCAAGCACCCGCUGCGCAUGCCCAGCCCGGAGAUCUACAAGUUUGCGGUGCCGGACAGCGGGGACAAUAUCGUUUUGGAGGAGCGCGAAAGCGCAGGAGUACCGAUGAUCAAGGGGGCGACGCUGUGCAAACUGAUUGAGCGCCUAACCUAUCACAUCUACGCCGAUCCGACCUUCGUGCGCACCUUCCUCACCACAUAUCGUUACUUCUGCUCGCCCCAGCAACUGCUGCAGCUGCUGGUGGAACGCUUUAACAUACCGGAUCCUAGCUUGGUCUAUCAGGACACCGGCGCGACAGGUGCCGGAGGAAUCGGCGGCGUUGGCGGUGACAAAGAGCACAAGAACACGCAUCGCGAGGACUGGAAGCGCUACCGCAAGGAGUACGUGCAACCAGUGCAGUUCCGAGUGCUCAAUGUGCUGCGUCAUUGGGUGGAUCAUCAUUUCUACGAUUUCGAGAAGGAUCCCAUGCUUCUGGAGAAGCUGCUCAACUUUCUGGAGCACGUGAAUGGCAAAUCGAUGCGCAAGUGGGUGGAUUCGGUGCUAAAGAUUGUUCAGAGAAAGAACGAACAGGAGAAAAGCAAUAAGAAGAUUGUAUACGCCUAUGGCCACGAUCCGCCGCCCAUUGAGCAUCACCUGAGUGUCCCCAAUGACGAGAUUACGCUCCUCACCCUGCACCCACUGGAGCUGGCACGCCAGCUCACCUUGCUGGAGUUCGAGAUGUACAAGAAUGUGAAACCCUCGGAGCUUGUCGGUUCGCCCUGGACGAAAAAGGACAAGGAGGUGAAGAGCCCAAAUUUACUGAAAAUCAUGAAGCACACCACAAACGUGACCCGCUGGAUUGAGAAAUCCAUUACCGAGGCGGAGAACUACGAGGAGCGUCUGGCAAUCAUGCAAAGAGCCAUCGAAGUGAUGAUGGUGAUGCUGGAAUUGAACAACUUUAAUGGUAUCCUGUCGAUUGUUGCGGCGAUGGGCACGGCAUCAGUGUAUCGACUACGGUGGACAUUCCAGGGUCUACCAGAGCGCUACAGAAAAUUCCUGGAAGAAUGCCGCGAACUAAGUGACGAUCAUCUUAAAAAGUAUCAGGAACGAUUGCGAUCUAUCAAUCCGCCUUGUGUGCCAUUUUUUGGUCGCUACUUGACCAACAUACUACACUUGGAAGAGGGUAAUCCAGACCUGCUGGCCAACACGGAGCUAAUCAACUUCUCAAAACGACGGAAAGUGGCCGAGAUUAUUGGCGAAAUCCAACAGUACCAGAACCAGCCAUACUGCCUCAACGAGGAGUCCACCAUUCGACAAUUCUUUGAGCAACUGGAUCCGUUCAACGGCAUGUCCGAUAAGCAGAUGUCUGACUAUCUCUAUAACGAAAGCCUGCGCAUUGAGCCUAGGGGCUGCAAGACGGUACCCAAAUUUCCCCGCAAAUGGCCGCACAUUCCGCUCAAAUCGCCGGGCAUCAAACCGCGUCGCCAGAAUCAGACCAACAGCAGCAGCAAGGUGUCCAACAACACCUCGUCAGCCGCGGCGGCAGCAUCGUCGACGGCCACCACAAUAGCCACAGCUGCUGCUCCAUCUGCGCACCCGGCCAGCACAGUGGAUCCGUUGACAGCGACGUCUGGAAGUCUGGCCGGCGAACAAAGUCCGCAGCACAAUCCGCACGCGUUCUCCGUCUUCGCCCCUGUCAUCAUUCCCGGAAGGAAUACUAGCAGCUGGAGUGGAACGCCACAGCACACUCGCACGGAUCAGAGCAACGGGGAGGUUUCGGUGCCGGCGCCACAUCUCCCUCGGAAACCGGGCGCACAUGUUUGGGCAAACAACGCGGCACUGGCCAAUGCGUCAACGAUGGAUGUGUUCAGUCCAGCGCUGCCCGAGCACCUUCCGCCUCAGUCGCUUCCGGACAGCAAUCCAUUUAGCAUGUCGGACACGGAUGCCCCACCCUCGCCGCUGCCCAAGCUAGUGGUCAGUCCGCGACAUGAGACCGGCAGUCGAUCACCAUUCCAUGGGCGACCGCAGUACAGCCCGACGCAUAGCAUUGCCAGUACGGUGACUCUCACGGGGAUGGCUGGAGCGGCUAUGACCGGGGAGGAGUUCUGCUCGGGCGGUUUCUACUUCAACAGCGCCCACCAGGGACAACCUGCGGCAGUGCCCAUCUCGCCGCAUGUCAACGUCCCGACGGCCUCCAACCUGGAGUACCGAGCAGUGCCGCCACCACUGCCACCGCGACGCAAGGAGCGUACGGAGAGCUGUGCGGACAUGGCGCAAAAGCGACAGGCGCCGGACGCACCAACACUACCCCCGCGUGAUGGCGAACUCAGUCCGCCCCCUAUACCGCCACGGCUCAACCAUUCCAUGGGCAUGAGCUACUUGCGCCACAGCCACGGCAAGAGCAAGGAGUUUGUGGGCAAGAGCAGUCUGCUCCUGCCCAACACCAGCAGUAUUAUGAUACGCCGCAACUCGGCGAUCGAGAAGCGGGCAGCGGCAGUUACCCAGCAGCCGGAGCCGGCGACGGGUGGUUCCAUUAGCACAACGCUAGUGACAGUGUCGCAGGCGGUGCCAACUGAUGAACAGCCGCCGCAAUCGAUCUCGCCCGCUGCUAGCUCCUCGACGACCACAUCACCGCUGACACCCGCCACGCCCAUGUCCCCGAACAUUCCCAGCCAUCCGGUGGAGAGCACGUCGAGCAGCUAUGCCCACCAACUGCGAAUGCGGCAGCAGCAGACGCAUCCGGCGAUCUACUCGCAGCACCAUCAUGCUCCCCAUCUGCCGCACCAUCACCACCAGCACCAGCAUUCGAAUCCGACGCAAUCGCGCUCGUCCCCGAAGGAGUUCUUUCCGAUUGCCACGAGCCUCGAGGGCACGCCCAAACUUCCACCAAAACCUAGUCUAAGCGCUAACUUCUACAACAAUCCAGAUAAAGGUACGAUGUUUCUUUACCCAAGUACAAACCAAGAAUAAUUUAAAUUGCCUGGCGAUGUGAUAGGACAAACAACUACGAGUAUGAUCCGUAAGAUUCAGAGUUGAGAGUACUGCCGGCGUGCAGAGAUAUAUGAGGGGAGCGUGAGAUAUAGACGUAGGCACAGUUUAUGUAUUCUAGUUGGCAUACAUAUGCCUAUUUGGACCGAGUUGGAUCUGAUGAAUUUUAUUAUUCGAAACUGAUUAAGGAAGGUAAAACGAGGCAGAACACACACUCUCAUUUACACACAGGAAGCACAGCAUAUACAUACACGCGAAUGCAGACACACAGAAACCAACAAGAAAUGCAAAAGAGAAAUUAUGUUAUUAUAUAAUUACUAUUAUAAAUAUUUGUAAAUAUCGAGAACAUUGUAUUGAUCGUAGAACGUAAAACAAUAAAAUAUAACCCUAUUGUUAGACAGUC